AUGGCGCGCUUCGCGUGGUGCAGCCUGCUCCUCCUCCAAACGAGUGCUAGCUUUGUGCCCUUUGCAGACGUCGAGGAACUGAAGCCACAUCGACUGCAUCCCCACUGCGCAGAUGCUGUUGACGAGGAUGGUCACCGAUGGUGUUCAAGAUCCUUCAAAAAGCGUCUUGCAGAUGGGGCAGAUAUCGAGCUCAACUGGAAGAUGCACGUGGAUCCUGACCGAAUUCUGUCUCUAGACACAGAGGCGGAACAUGGGGUCAAGAUCUCAAGAUGUGCUCCGGACGAGCUGGAGUUGUUUGUUCCGCAUUCCCACCUUCAGCACCUGGAAGUGGGCAAAUUCAUUGUUGGCUCGCCAUUCGUGCAUAAUUGCCAACAUCAGCCCGAAAGCGCAAUGUACCACAAGGUUGUACAGGUCAAGAGGAAGAGAACGGCAGAUGGAGGAAUUGGAAACAUGUUCCACUUUCACAUCGCUACGCAGGCAGUGCCCCAUAUGGGUUGGACAGCCAAGCAUAUCGAGUACAACUUCAGCUACAUGCCCGUAGAGGCGCGGGAGAUUCACAACCCGUGGCCGGAGAGGCGAUCGUACCUGGAUCACUCUUCUGAGUCGCGAAGGCUUCAAGGUUUCCAGUUUCCCGGCUUUGCUCAGCCCAGUGCGGGCAACAUCCAGUCGGCAGGACAGUCCAGCGGUAGCAUGCAGAGAAACAACGGUAUCGUGAGCUUCAAUCCGGAUCAGGUCUCCAACUUUGGAUGGAAUUGGGACUUCUUCCUGAACGAAUCCAAGACGCCAAAGUUCGUCAUCGACCAGCCGGACACUCAAGGGAUUUUCAUUCUGGAGAACCCUUACAUCAAGGCUCAUGCUGGCUGCUUCCUCAACUUUACUUCAAAGUUUCAAGGCUUCAUGAAGGCUCCCCACAUCAUCUGGCAAGCAGGUCUCAAAGGGCACGGCAUUAUGCAGGGGCGAUUGAGAGCUUCGUUGAACAGCACCCGGCCUAUGUCCUUGGAAGCUUCAUCUUACAAGAUCCCUUCGGAAGUUCUGGAGAACUUCCCCUUCCUUCGCAUUCUCACGAAGUUCGACAAGACUAGAUGGUUCAACCAGGUCAGUCACGGUGUUGGCCCUAUGGCCGCAAGCUUCACACCAGGCUUCCAGUUUCAGAUGGAAGUCUACCACAAGGGCGUGUUUCAUGGCUUCCUCGCCACUGGUGGCAGUACCCGUGGGGUGAUGAUGCCCAUUUUGCACUUCGAUUCCCUGAAGGGCUUCGAGCAGACCAUCCAGGGGGAGCUUCUGAACACCACGGUGUUUCCGCCUUUGUACAAGAUCUUCACCGAGGUCUUCGAACUCGGUGUUCGCGCGGACCCCAUCUUCCACUUGAAGGGUGACUUCAUGGGCUUCCAGGGUGUUGAAGCGGCCAUGCACUUCCGUGCCUAUCAGAACUGCACCAUCUCCAGACAGGGUUCCGUCCACUUUGACGUCGACGCUCGCAAGGCUUUGGUGGUCUAUCCCUUCCGAGUUGUUGGCCCAAAUCAAUUGGAUUUCAACACCAAGUACCAAUUGAAGAUGCAGGCGAAGGGUGUUGAGAAGGUCACGUCACCCACCACUUCAUGGGGGCAAGUGGAGUUCCACGAGCCGAUCUCGAACUGCAACUUUGGGAAUUUCACUGAAGCCGAAGUCGAGAACGUGGCCAUUACAGUGAUCCUCGAGAAGGUGGAUACCACGACAGGAGCGGUCACUCAAAUGGGUCAAGGAUCCUACACAGUGAUGUCCUGGGAAUUGGGUAUUGGUCAGCCAGUUCCGACUUGGAUCAACAUCAAGAAUGCGGAGAAUCAAGCAGUUGCCAAUGCACAAGUCUACAUUGUCCACAAGGAGAACGUUGUGAGCUUCCUCAGUUCCCGAAUCAAGGGGAUCGGCUUCGACUUUCCAUCGGUGAGCUUGAUCCCUGGCCAGAUCCAGAACGAGUACAAGGACCUCCCAGCAGACUGUCCCUUGAAGAUCCACCUGAUCCUGGGCAAUCGAAGCUAUUUGGUGGACGUGAAUCCCAAGUCCAUGGGACAAGGGGCAGUUUUCACAGGUCAAACGGUGAUUGAACUCUACCCCAGCUUUGUCGACAUGUGGGCCGCCUGCGCGACGACGAUGGAGUUUUGCACUUCGCCCAAGAUUGAACUCUGGUGUGGAAGUCAAAAGUUGGGCUCAGCUCCAGUUCCACCGUUCGGGAUUCCUGUGCCAGAAGAGAGCAACUUCAUUGAAGAUAUGCUGGGCAUGCAGCCAACAAUGGCACCUGCCAUUGGUACGGAGCAAACCAACAAUUUGCCCGCCGUGCAAGUGACCACGCCCAACAACAUUCCAGUCGCAACGAUCACAUCGGAGGUACGACUGUCACCCGCAACGGCUUCCAGCUCAUUCCUGUCUCCUUCGUUCGCUGCAGAUGUCACCAUGGGCGAGCAAAUUGAGUUCAUUUGGACUAUUGCUGACACCGUGGCUGGCCAGGCGAUGACCUUCAAGGUGAUUCCCAUGAAGAUUGUGAGCCAACAGCAACUACCAGACCAGGACCUCUCGAAGUACCGCAAGAUUGGCGACAGCUUCCUCUUCUCAGAGUCUGAUUCCACACAGGCGGAUGUGCCGGGCACUUGCCAAGCACGACCCGUCCAUGGCAUGGAGGCAUCAGCACUUCCGUGCUCCUUCGCCAAAGCCUUGGCCUUCAAUAGUCCCGGCUUUGCGACCGGAGACAAGAUGAUUGUCAUGGUGACGUGGAUGCAGGACAACAAGGAGCACAAGAUCUACUCCCCGGCUUUCAGACUGGUGGGUGGUGUCACCAUGCCCACCAUGCCUGUUCCUGGUGGCACAAGGAGAUUACAAGCAGCCGCAGCUGCAGCCUUGCCACCGGCACAGAGCAAUCUUCGAAGCCCCAGUCCAGCACCUGCAACUCCGGCACCCACGCUUGGGGCAGGGAACUCUUCUGAGAAUCAAAGCGAGGCAUGUGCCCGGCAGGAUUUGCGCUUCAAUUUUGGACAAGGUGUGGAAGUACGCUUGGAGGUGCUGAGCAUGGGCGUCCCACAGGCGCUUCAACAGGACAUGCCGAUGAUGGCAAUGGAUGACAAUUCAGGUCCAGUCUACACGAGCCCUUGGGAAGCGAUGGGCGGCAAUCAGCCUGCAAUGGAAGCCAAGGACUUCUUGCCCGAGACGGCCUGUGAGAUGGGCAUGUGUGAUACGGCCCUGCCAGGUUGCCGUCAGGCUUCCUUCAAGCAAUUGUACUUCCCGAGACUUGUUUUCAACUUUAGCAGGCCCUAUUUCUAUAACCACAACGAGACCAACAGCACGACUCAGAAGCUCAUCCAAGAGGCGAUGGCAUGGGCCUUCUCGGCCAUGCCUGAGGCCAUCCAAGUGGUUCUGCAGGAGUUGGAGCAACGAGAAAAGGAGCUCCAACAGCAGACGGCCGUGCCGAACUACGGCUUUGGCGCGUACUCGCAGCCGAAUCAGAACCAGUUUGGCUUUAACAACGGUCAGCAGCAGAACAACUGGUUCAACAGCCCUCAGGCGACUGGCAACACGCAGCAGAUGCCACAAGCCUUUGGCAAAUGGUGGAACACCCAAAGAAGGUUGACAGCCAAGAGGAUGGGUGUGGAUGGGGAAGGACGCCCUGUUGAGAUGCCAAGCAAGCUGAUGUCGCAUCAGGCGGAGGUUCAGUUCCGGAAUGGGCUGCCAUACCGAGUGGAUCAUGUCCUCUUGAAGAAAAUGAUUAAGUCAGGCAUGAUUCCGGUGGAUGACGGUCACAGCAAGAAGCUUGGAAAGCUGAAUAUCAUUGGGUUCUACUUCGAGGAUCUUGGAGCAAUUCAAGUCCCAGAAUCCGAUGUUCACGCGCGAGCAGGAUGGGCUGGAUGGGUCACUGCGUUAGCAGCAUGCGCAGCAACUGCGGCUGUUGCCUUCGGAGUCUUCCUGCGUUCUCGAUGUAGUGACUCCGGCUACAAGCCACAGCUGCUCGAGGCAGCUCAGUGCGAAGAAGGCCUGGAAUGA